AUGGUGCACGGGGCCUGUGAAACUUCUUCAGCUGCCUCUCGGCAGUAUUUAGCCUCAGAGAGAGAAAAAGGCUCUCUCACCUGCUGGAGGGAGGUGCGAGGACUCGCGGCUCAAACCCCUCCGGCUGCGCAAGACCCCUCCGGCUCCUACAACCCGACUCCUGCGCCGAAGACCCCUUGCCCAAGGGAUGAAGGCAGAUUUCAUCCCUCCGCCGCCCCUCCUGGAGCCGGGGGCUCUGCGGGGACCUAUGCAGGCAGAGCAUAUGGCGAGUGUAAUUGUGCAUAUUUGUUUGCUCGCAUACAUGCAUAUCUGUGGAUGUGGCCCAUGUCCAGACAUAACACGGUUAGCAUGAGAAGAUUUUCUCAUCCAAAGAAUUCUGCAGUGUUCAUCAUGGAGAUGAGAACGAAGGCUACGUGGGUCUUGAUCCCAGAAGUCACUGGUAGUGAUGAUCCAUACCAAAAUUCCAGGGCAUUGAGAACGUUGUGUAAUGUGAAGCUCCCAGUAUCUCUGCAUACUCCAGCACCCUUCAUUUGUAUAGCUGCAGUACAGAGAGCAAAUACUUUGUUUAAAAUUUGGAUCAAAUAUAAGCCUCGACUGCCAGGAUGGUAUUACAAUGAAAAACUUCUGAAAGUUGGUGAUUCCCUUGCUCAGAUCAAAGAAUAUAAGUUGGCACUUCUACAGUGCUAUGGAAGAUACUUUCAGCAGUUCAUUUCUGUAAACGUUGAUGAUAUCAUGGAUGAUGUGCAUCGAUUUAAAUCCACCUUUUUUCCGAAUGGUUUGAAAGAUAAAAAUGCAGCACUUACGAUAUUUGCUCGCCGUGGUCUGAUUAAAAUUGAUGAACUGAAGCAAUUAGCAAAUAUCAGUUCUUCGUUGGAAAAUUCAGAGACGAAAAAGAUUUUUAGAGAGGCCACUCUAAAGAUGUCAGUAAUGAUUUUCAAGAGAGCAGUAUAUGAAUCCAGAAGAAAGCCGAAAAGCUACUUUCGACCUAAGUUAAGAGUUAACCUGAAAGAAGCACAAAAUUUGCCAUGGCCUCGCACUGCUACUGAACGGCUGCUGACAGAAAUGUUUGACAGCGCUGCAGCACAGUUCCUUGCCAUCCUGGAAGCUCUGUCUGAUAGUAGCAGGCGUGUGUUGCAUCCUGCUCCACCUGUUCCCGAUGAAGUUGAAAUUCGUGAUGUCAUUUCAGAGCUUUUUUAUGCAGGCCUGGAAAUCCUUUCAGGUGGAAAGAGCAGAACUGGUAUUCAAGGAGGCUAUUGCACUGAUCAUUUUGGUAUAAUUAAUGCAUCAUCAACCCUUCUGCAGUUGAUACUAACAGGAGAAAAGGAGGUGUCUGGAGAUGCUGCUGUGAAAUUUAUAAAAUUAGCUUUCAGCUAUGGAGAGUGGGACGUGUUUGAUUCUGCUAUUGAAUUUGUUGUUAAUUUUCUUCAGGCUCAAGAUGACCCAACGUGGAAGAAAGCUGAAAUGGAACUCACACUUCUUACACUGAUGCAACCUUUACUAUUUCCAAGAAAAUUUAAACACGGUUUUUCUAUUAGUGAAAAUAAUACCAAAGAAGCUAGGAUGCCUCAUGGUUCUGAAAAGAAGCAAACAUUCAGACCUAAUCAAGCGGAGAUCAAAUUUCUUAUAGUAGAUGUAGGCGGGCAAAUAUGCUCAGCCGUAGAAAACAUUUCUGCAGUAGUUAUAGAAAUGGGAGCAGUGACCCUAAGGAAUGUUAAUGCCUUUUUAGCAGUGGUAUGCCUGCAAUUUAAGAAAAGUCCUACAGAACAAUUACAAGUUGCUUAUGAAAGUCUUGAAAAAGCAAUUAAUGGAAUUAACACAUCUCGCUUAAUGACCCUUCUGCCAGAUGGAAAGUCGAUAUUUGACAACUGCUGUACAAAGGUGGACUCAAAUGAUGAGAAUUUGAAUUUUGUUUUGGGAUGUGGUACUGAUAAGACAGGAACAGGUAAUGGUUUUGUAAUGGAUUUACACUUGGAGCUCAUUCAGGCCCAACAUCGAGUAGCUGUGAAACUUCUUAAAAUGACACAAGGUGCUCAAAAGGAUGACAGAAGUCUUAAGUCUAGCAAGUCUCAUGUGAAGAAUAUUAAAGGUUUCCAUUAUUUAACAGAAUGUCAUUUGUCCAAGGCAUCCCCAAACUCUUCACCUCUGGGAGCUAGCCUUUUUGGCUUUGAUUUGCCCUGGACAGCUGCCAUAAGUAAAGAUAUAAAAGUACUAAGUUCUGAAUAUUAUAUUUUCAAGGAAGCACUAACUUUAAUUGAGCAAGUUGAAGCUGAACAAGGUGCAUUGUAUCACAGUCUCAAAGAAGCUAUGAGCAGCAAGAAAAAAGGCAGGACUCCUCCUCCUCCUCUGUUACUUUCUAGAUCACAUUGCUCAAUGACAUUUAAACCAGCCCCAUUUUCUUCAGAUACUCAGGUUUCGUGGUACAGUAUUUUGGGCUCUGUAGCAGGAGGAAGUAAUAUGAAAGUAAGGUUAAAUAACAAUAAACUUCCAAAUGCAGGAGAAGAGAUACCCGCUGAUGGGAAAAGCCUCUUGGAAAUAAAAGGCUUAGAUCCCAAUGAGAAAUACAUAUUUGCAGUCGCAGCAUAUUCUUCUGAUGGAAAACUUAUUGGUGAUGCCAUUGGGGAAACGACUAAGCCAAUCCUUGCUUAUCCACCUCUUUCUGCUACUACUGUUCGAGCCUAUCUAACUGAGGUAGCCUAUCAGACUGGCAACUAUACAUUGGCCAGAGAAGCAUUUUCACCAAUGUGGGAUUAUUUUGUUUCAAAUUCUUCUCUACUGCCUGCCAAUGCAGCUGUUAUUUCUGCAAGUAGUAAUUUGACUAUAUCUGAAAACAGGUUACAGUUUGAAGCUGUAUCUCAGACUUCUCCCAUUACCUUGCACCUUUUUCUGAGGAAUAUAUUUGCUGUGUGUGACAUUAAUGUCAUGGAAGGAGCACUCUUCUGUGAUUCCAUCUGUUCCAAUGAGAUACUUUAUAAGGAACAAGUUGCUAGAUUAGCAGAAUGUGAAAGAAUGACUGCGGCAAUUGAACUUAGCAAUUGGUUGAAUGAUGCAAGUUAUACCCUGCAGUCUGUUGUACAAUGUUAUGGUCUCCUUGCUCCAAUUAUUUAUCACAAGAUUUCUUCAGUGCCAGUAGUUCAGAUCCUCAUUAAGUGCUUGACUGUCCUUCAAGAAAUUCCAAGUGCUACUUUGCAGAGGAGGCAGGCAGGAUGUUACGAGAGUAUUCAGCAUAUGAUAGCUUGUACAUCAUUUUAUACAGCAAAGGUAGAGUUUUUAUUGUACACUAUUGCUGCUUGUCAUAAUGGAUUUGAUUUGGUUAUUGAUGUAGCUCGUGGAUCAGAGCUUACAGGACAGGAAGAUCCUUUGUUCCUCUACCCUGUAAUUUCAUGCUGGACAUCAAACAAUGCUUAUCGAGAAGUGAUGAAAUUCAGAAAGAAGUCACGUUUUCUUGAGUUCUUUGUUCAAGUUUUGCACAAAAUCCUGAAUGAAGAGAAGUUUCAAUGCGUUCUGGAAUGGGCAGGCAAUGUGGAAGUUUACUUGAAAAGGAGGAAUGACCACCUUCUCUGCAUCAAUGGAAUUUCAACACAAGAAACAAGUUCUCCCACUCUGCCAGAAGGCACAGAUAGAUACACUACAGGAAUGGCAGAGUUUCAGAAAAAUGUGGAGACCUCACCUUUAAAGAAACCAGAGGCAUCAACUUUGAAGAAACCAAGAAAAGAAGCCUUGAGUCCUAUUCGAAGAAGACAGACUCUUAGACAGUAUUUCAUGAAACAUCCGGACGUAAUGGUAUCUCCAGAAGCACGAAGGAAAUGCAAGGAAGAGUUGCAAAAAGUAGCUCGUCACACCUUAGUGGUACUGCUGCAACCAAUUGUGAGUAACUACUUAAACCGAAAGAAGUUUCAUCAAAUAUGUCUUGAAGAGAUGCCCUGGAGGUCUCAGAUGAAUAUUUAUCUGGCAGUUGCACACUACAACUUAUUUAAAAAGAAGCUGGAAGAGCAAUAUAACAUUGGAAUUUGUGGUUCAUGGCGUCUGGACAGGUACAAUAUUUUGGAUCCUGAAAUAUUCUCAUUAAAUAAUUCUGGCACUGUAGUAGUGAGAGAAGCCGCAGAGAAUAACACAAGAACACCAACUCCUCCUCUCCUUAAAAAGUCAGGAAUGACCGAAAAACAAACUUGUACAGAUAAAUCUUCUGAGCACAGCAUUAAGCUGAGUGGAACAGAUACUACUGCAACUCAAAUGACAAACAAUACAGAAAUAUCCGUCUCUCCUUCCCCCAAAGAAUACAACCAGUUUCUGUCAAAUACCAUUUUAUUGGAGCAUUUUACAAAAAUCUUUUUGCAUUUAAGACGGGCAGUGGUUCUUGCUCACCGUGGUGGCCACUGGACAUUGCUUCAAAAUGCUUGUCGAGAACUUUGGAACUAUACUCAAGAAUUACAAUUGAUUGCUCACCAUUCACGUUCCCAUACGGAUGCAUUCCCCAUUACCAGGUGUUUUCUUAGGGACACCAUCUGGUUGCCAUUUUAUUUGGCAUCAGACAUGAUCAUUGAUAUGAUAAUUGAACUACAAGCAAGCAGGUCUCUUAAGAUUGUGGAUCCUAAAGGAGACUUCUGCAUUCCCAGUUGUUUAGGAGGUAUUACUGAUGAGAAUGGUGGUUCUAAUCUCCAUCCACUGUCUCCCCUGGAUGAUGUGAAUGUGGUUGACUUGAAAUGGACAUGUAAUCUGAUUCUUAAAACAAUAGAAUUGUUAUAUCAAAUGAAGAAGUGGGAAGCACUGGUACACAUAGCUGUACAAUUUAACAUAUUUACACAAGUUGCUUUUGAAUAUUGGUGUCAAGCCCUUGAUGAAACACUCAACAUUCCUGAUGCUCUUAACCACUGGCAAGAGUUAGGUUUUCCAAAAAAUGCUACAGACUGCUUUGCAGUUGAAAGAUCGACUGAUAUUAGUCAGAAAUUUCUUUCUCAGGCUGGUGUUUGGGGAUGUUUACAUGCAGCAGUCUUAGUGGCUAAGAUAGCUCAGUAUAUAACAACAUCAAAUAUGAGAUUAAGAACUAAAUACUGCUAUUUUUCAGCUAUACUUUUUAAGGCCCUGUUUAGAGCUUCUCUUCCACAUCCAAUGUCUGAUUGUGACUUUGCACAAUAUGAAACAAAUAUGCUUAUUCCUGGUAUCGACUUGUUCUCUGAUCGCUACAGAGCUGAUAUCUCCACUGUAGUUGCAAGUCUGAAUUUCCUUAUGUUUGAACUACAUUGUGCAAAGCAAAAUUUAAUAAUUUUACCAUUGUUCACAUUAUACCAAUACAUUGUUUCUGAGAUUUGUAAGGACCCAGCUAAGUGCAUUGAAGGAAGAAUCUUCAAGAUUAAAGUACUUACAGAUAUAGGAUUUUUUAUGGAGGCCUUUCAUGAACUGUCUUUGCUUAAUUGCGGAGAGAGAAUUCCAUGGAAAAUACCUGCAGGAUACAGAAAAAUUGAACAAAUGAAGGAUUUACAGAAAUUUGACUCCUCGAAAUCUCUCCUGACUGUUACAAAUUUACAGGUACUGGAAGACAUAUUUAAUGGGAGUCUGUCUUUAACAAUGGUGCCACUGUGCAACGAACAAAUUAUGAACAAAUUAACCUUAGCCAAAAUGCAUUUCAUCAUUUGCCUUUCUGCCACAAUAAAUAAUAUACCUGAAAAAGUGGAAAAACACAUCUAUUCUGUUGAUAACAACAGCUUGAAGGAGCCAAGCAGAAUUACAGCGUCAAAUGUAAAAGGUGAUGCUGAUAAGAAUUCAAGACAACAGGAACAAAGAGGCAAAAUGGUGCAGCUCGUUGACUGUAAAGAUGAAUUAAAUAUGGCCAUGCUGAAGGGGAUUUUAUUGACAGAAGCUGAAGAAAGUCUCAGCCAUCUUGUACAGAACAUACAGGACAAAUAUGAUGGGGAGAUAUCUCGCUGUUCUGCUGAAGAUUUAGAGGCUGUUAUUGAGGCCAAACUUCAGCUUGCUGCUAUUUCUCAGCAAAGGCACCAAGCAGCUUUCACUGUUGCUUUGGCUUUCUCUGCAAUUCGACUUCUCCAAGAUGCAAAAAUUUUUAGGAUCGAAGUGACACAUUUUCAAGAAGAAAAGGAUGAAAGGGAGUGUUUGGACUCUUAUGUUGAAGAUGUUCAACUGCCUCACAGUAUAACAGCACAAGAUCAUCUGAAUGUACAUCUCUGGCUAAGGUGUCGUACGAUGUUAGUGACUGCACUAGUAACACAGAUACAUGGCGUUGGUAAUAUGAAAGAAAAUGAUAUGGCUGAACGCAGAAGUGUGAUAAAAGAAGUAAUACUAGAGGCAGAAGCCUUUGGUGAUACUGAAACUCAGGCUGAAAUGAUGGUGCAAGCGGCUAUUCUUGACCUGCAAGAAAAACGUCCCGUGGCAGGCAUUAAACUUCUUCUGGAGAAUAUCAUCAGUUUACUCCAAGAGGAUACAUUUAUUUCCCCUCCAGCUUCUUUGACUCUUGUGAAAAGUAUGCUUCUGCUGGCAGACAUACUAACACUCCAAAGAGUAGAGGAUACAAAACAUUGCUCUUCUACAGUGGAACCAUUAAACUUACUAACUUUGGCACAUGAGCUUACCAUUAAAGCAAUUUUUGUUUGUGGAGAACCCAUUGAACUGCAAAUAGAAGACAGUACGUUGACUUGCCUGGCCCUACCUACAAAAAAUAUCUACUUGCCACAUAUCAACUUGCUAGCCCAAGUCAAAAUGAGAAUCGGACACACAUUAGCUGAAAAAGUAGCUUGUAUACCUGAAAGAGGAGAUCCACUGCAAUGGCUAUGUGCUCUCAAACAUUUCGAAUCAGCAUUGAAGCUUUGCAGAGCAUCUGCAACAAAAAAAUUAGAUAUGGAAGCUGAACUUCUUUUUCAGAUAGGUAAGGUAGAACGCCAGAUAACCGAAGCAGGCAAUGACAAGUCAUCUCGAGCUGCUGAAACCCUGUUGGAAGCUAUAAAACUCAGCCAGCAACAUGACCAAAAAUUUGAGUUAAUAAGAAGAUCAUACCUUGAAAUAGCACUAUUGUAUUUGCAUUUUGCCACAAAUAAUGAAGAUGUGUCACAGACAGAUAAGAUAGUGCCUUCCAAAUCAAACACCUCUUCUGGAGAACUCUCUUCUCCUGAGGAGGCUCUGAAAUCAGAAGGCUACAAAGUACAAGCCUGGAUUGCAGUGUCUCUUGAAAUUACUGGAAUUACAUCAAAGAUGACACAUGUGAGAAUAGCUUCUCCGGUUUCUGUCAUGCGAGAAGUAGACAGUCAGAUGGACAGUAGGGCAGCAAAUGCUUCAAAUAAGGAAAUUAACAUUCAGUGGUACAUUCCUUCACUGGCAAAGCCAUCAAAUGAUGCAGACACUAAGGUUUUGCUGCUUUAUGCUUAUAAUACAAAGCCUGUCAAGAUUGGCAACAUCAAGAUUUUCAGUUCAAAGUCUACAUUUUCAGGCCACUUGUGGAUUCCGUUGACUAGAAUUAUUUCUUUACGGGAGAAAUUAUCUAAUCUGAAGGAGCAAGUUGAAAUGUUGAUGCAAAGUUCUAAAAGCUUGUCUUCAGCUUCAGAACCUACAAGUUUUCUUGAACAAAGUGAAAGUUUGAAAAUAAUUCAUUCAAAAAAACCCAAAGUGAAUGUCACAAAAGUGCAUCUUGAUGAAAAAACAGAAAUCCCAUUUGAUGUUACUUUGCAAUCAAUAGCAAGUUUGGAAGAUAUGUUUGAUCCUGCCAAUGGAUGUACAAUAUCUGAAGAAAGUCUUUUCAAUUGGAUCAUUUCUUUGUUUCACUAA